AUGCAGCCAAAUUGAUUAUUAUUAUUUUGAUAACAGCUGUACACACAGACAAAUUUUUUCAGUAAUUUGAAAUGACAAUACACACACGUUUCUUUAAAAGCGCUAAGUUGAAGUACUUACAUUCUAACUACACACAUACAUAUGUAUGUAUAUAUAUGCAUUUAUGACGAUAUUUUACCCUCAUUUUAACACAUUUCUUAGUAAGAGUAUUGUGCCUAAUAUAAUUUAAAAAAAAAAAAAUUAAUAUAAUAAUAAUCAAAGUGUGCAAACCGGAGACAAUAUAUAAAUAAUUAACAUAAAAGCAUAUAAUGGACUUUGAUAAUAAGAAUCAAGUAAGUCAUAAAAGGGUCUUCUCGUGCAUGUUAUGUACGUAACAAACGUUCAUUCUAUGAACGCUUCUGUCCUUUACGCCUUUCUCUUAAUGUACCGUUUGUAUUGACAUUAUGCCCUAAAAGCCACUCUCCCGUAUUCUCACCAAGGGCGCAACCAAGCAGCUCAGAGACAGGGGAAGGUGAGUGUUUAUCACAAUUGGCAGUACAAAACGUGCGUACCAGUAACAAAGCAACAACAAGCCAAAUAUAUUGCAACAAAGGUACAGUGACAUCUAUGCUUCUCAGUGGACUACCGCCAGGCUGUCACAUAGCACAGAAUAGAGCGUACAAAAUGCAAUAAAGCAGUGUUGUGCGCAGCUUUUGUUCAUUGGCAAAUAACAAAGGCAGAGUUGGCGCAUGAAUAACUACAACCAUCCCCAACAUUAACACUAACAAGAACAACCAGCAUAAAUAUAACUGCCACACUAGCCUCCAGCAAUGCGAUACAAUAGUUUUAUUGCAUUGCCCGCGAAUAUUGUUGUCUUGCUUUGUCCGAUAAUUAAUGUCCGCCAACCUGAAACAAUUUCCAUUGGCUCUACCCUGCUCUGUUCCCCAAACUUUCCUUUCACUCUUACAAACGAAUUUGCGUUAACGCUCUUCUUUUAUUGCGGCGUAGUUCGCUUUGUGCUGUACGUGUAGAAGCGAGAUAACUAAAGUGGUUGGCUCUCUCACCUGUGCAUGCCGAGUAGAAUGUGUGUUCACGGCAUUCACGAGCGUGUGUAAGUAUCCUUAGCGGAACACUGACGAGUGUUUAACACUAAGCGAGAAAAAUCAAUUUGCCUAACAUCGUUUGUAUAUAGUAGCCGGACAACUUUGUCUACACAAGCAAACGUAGCUGAGCAUUCGACGUGAACACAACAUAACAGUCGUUGUACAAUAGCGCUGUAAACGGUCUAAGAACAUAUAAUAAACCGAAAACACUUGAAUAAAAGGCGAAAGAGAGAGCUAGUGAGAGACGUACAAUUGUUGUGUUCGUACCUUAUUUAAAUUGGUAUUGUUUUAUUCGGGGCGGAAUUGUGCGAAUGAAGUGAAAACUGGAUAUUUAUAACUUGUGUACUUUAAAGUUGUGGAUGGUCGGAGAUUGUUGUGCAAAGAAAUCAGUCUGUACGAAGCAGUUGAAGUGAAUAGAAGUAGAAACAAUUGCACCGAAAGUAGUAAAGGAAAGAAAAUAAGGAAUGAUAUGAAUAUUUCAUAGUAAAGAAGAAAUAAAAAUAACAUCAGAUAAACACACGUGAAAAGCAAUAAAAAGUAAUAGUGUUAAAUUUAUUUCAAAUUGUAGUAUUUUCACAUAAUCAAGAAGAAUAGUGAAAAAAAAAUUAGAACAUAUAGUUUCGUGAAAGUGUAAAGUUAAAUACAAACACAUAAACAUCAGAAUGACGACUUUGUCUUCACAUCCAAAUUAUGGAUUCCAUAUAAGCCAGGGCUUAGAUAUACCCACUCCAGGCGAUUAUGCGCCACAAAAUAAUCUCAGUCCCACCGAUAUGGACAUAAAGCGUGUAAUGCAUUUUUCACAAACUGGUGGCUUGGCGGCCAUUUCUGCAGCGAUGGGUGGCUCUCCAGUAGGCGGUCAUGCAGCCAGCAAUGGUAACUCCAUCAUGGGUACAGCCAGUAUGGGUCAUAUGGGUUGCGGCAGCAGCGGUCUUGGUGGUAAUAUGAACAGUGGCUUACAUCACUUAGCUGGUGGCAAUCAUAUACAAACUGCCGUCGGACAUCAGACACUAUCGCCCAACUCCUCAAUCGGGUCUGCUGGCAGUAUUGGAAGUCAAAGUUCAAUUGGGGCUUUAGGCCAUGGCCAAGGGCUCAAUGGCAGCGGUAAUAAUGGUGGUGGGAGUAUGCACCAUCAUCCUACGUCGCCGGGUCAGGAAGGUCACAUUAAACGACCAAUGAAUGCUUUUAUGGUAUGGUCUCGUCUACAGCGUCGUCAAAUUGCAAAAGACAAUCCAAAGAUGCACAACUCAGAAAUUUCUAAACGUCUUGGUGCCGAAUGGAAACUGCUAGCUGAAUCUGAGAAACGUCCCUUCAUCGACGAGGCCAAGCGUUUACGUGCACUACACAUGAAAGAGCACCCCGAUUACAAAUAUCGUCCACGACGUAAGCCAAAGAACCCACUUGCUGGUGGACCACAAGGACUGCAAAUGCAAUCCGUACAAGGUCAACAGAAAUUGGGUGGUGGUGCAGGCGGUGCUGGUGCUAGUGCCUAUAAUCCUUUUCAUCAAUUACCACCAUACUUUGCGCCUUCACAUCAUCUUGACCAACCGUACCCAGUGCCGUAUUUCGGUGGGUUUGAUCCCUUGGCACUUUCCAAAUUGCAUCAAACACAAGCCGCAGCCGCAGCAGCCGCUACAAAUCAAACUCACAAUGUGCUGGAAGCUCAAAAGGCUCCGCAGUUACCACCUACAACACUGAGCAGUUUUUAUUCCGGCAUUUAUUCAGGCAUAUCAGCGCCUUCUUUAUAUGCUGCCCACUCGGCUAAUGCAGCGGCGGGACUCUAUAAUUCAUCGUCGACAUCAUCACCAGGCUCUUCACCCGGUACAAUCACACCUAACGGCAUGGAAUCAUCAGUGUCAUCGGCGAUGGACAAUGCGCUGAGGCGACCGGUGCCGGUGCUGUAUUAAAUUAUAAGCAAAAAUAUUAGUAGUCUUUAAUGUAGAAAGUACAAUUGGCGUUGAAUGCGCUUUGUUAAAUUUUUUUUAUUAAGAACCAAUACCUCGAGAGACCCCAGAGUUCUUUUAUGUAUAGAUAUAUAUUAAAGAUAGACGCACUGGGUAAUACACCAAAAUGUAUUUAUUAACAAUAUAAUGUAUUGGAAGUAGACACAGAUUCCUUUACCAAGUUAUCAUGUGAUUUAAGUUAUAGCAAAAAUUAAAUGUAAUAUUAAUAAUUCGAUUUGUAUGUUGACAAAUUUAAAAAUAAACAAAAGUACAAUAAUUUAAAAAGAAAUUUGCAUUUAUUUUUGAAAUAUGUAGAAAAUAUUUGGCUAACUGGCUGAAGUAUUAACUAUUUCGCCAAUCAUUCAUAAACAUUUCAAAUUAUUGAUAAUGCAAAUAUGUUAUAGAAACAAAUCACCGCUUAAAUUAAUUUAUUGUAAAGGUUGGGUAUAUGAUUUCUGCUUUAUUACUGAUUUAAAUAUUACCUGUAAUCGAUAAAUCGUCACAUCUGUUUUGCUUUUAGCUCUCACUAUUUAUAAGAAUAAAAUACUUUAAUUUAUUCAUCUAAAUCUUAUACUACAUUUUUGUGGUUUUCAUACAUUGGAUUCAAUUUUGCUAUAUAAUUAGACUUAUGUAUUAAGAAAUUGUAAAUAUUUUCAUUUCGAUCGGACCGAAAGAGACAUUGUACUAUAUGGAUGUAUGUAACUGAAUUACAAUUAAUUGUAACGUAUAUCAAGGAGCAAAGUAUUACAUAUAAAUAAUUGUAAAGAAAAUACUAAUUGAAAAUAAAAUUUUGAUUGACUUGACUAAAAAA